UUGACUUGACUUCAUCACAGCCUGAAACGGGCGCACGGUGGCCACUUGAACGAAAACGGGGGGAAGCUUGUUUUCAAGGACCGGCUCUGCAUUCGUCGGGAGCCCAACAUGCCGCAAUACAGAUGCUAAGCGUGGGUCGGGAACAAGCGUAUCUAACCCCCCCCCCUCCCACCAGCGGCGACAGUUACCGGCCACGCCCCGUACCCACCGGCCCGAGCCCGUACCGAAAAACGGCCGGGCGGAGACGCGACGGCGAGCGGCUUUGAAACCCAGCAGGGCGGCUAUCGGGCUCACGGCGGAGUGUCGUGCUGUUUUUUGCGGGGGGAACCAUGAGAGAGUACAAAGUAGUGGUUCUCGGGUCCGGAGGGGUCGGUAAAUCCGCGCUAACCGUCCAGUUCGUGACGGGAUCCUUCAUAGAGAAAUACGACCCCACGAUAGAGGAUUUCUACAGGAAGGAGAUCGAGGUGGACUCCUCUCCGUCCGUCCUGGAGAUCCUGGACACGGCGGGGACCGAGCAGUUCGCCUCCAUGCGAGACCUGUACAUCAAAAAUGGCCAGGGCUUCAUCCUGGUCUACAGCCUGGUGAACCAGCAGAGCUUCCAGGACAUCAAGCCCAUGCGGGAUCAGAUCAUUCGGGUGAAGAGGUACGAGAGGGUGCCGAUGAUCCUGGUCGGAAACAAAGUGGACCUGGAGGGGGAACGGGAGGUCACGUCCGGGGAAGGCAAGGCUCUGGCGGACGAGUGGAACUGCCCCUUCAUGGAAACUUCAGCCAAAAACAAAACGUCGGUGGACGAACUGUUCGCGGAGAUCGUCCGACAGAUGAACUAUGCGUCGACCCCGAACAGCAACGACCAGUGCUGCUCGUCCUGUGUCAUCCUCUAAAGAGCCACGACCGGCCCUCUUAUUCUUUGCUCCUUCUUUUAAGUUUGCGAUGUGUGUUGCAGCAAGUGUGUACUGUUGAGCUCUUCUCCGUGUCUCACCCGGGCCUUGGAGGAAAUACAGGGAGGAAUGCUGCAGGGCGACGAGAGGAGGAGGAGGAGGAAGGGAGCAACUGAGGCUCGGACGGAGGGGGCCACCCUUCAGGAAUUCUGCUGAGUAUCUUUGCUGCACGAUCAGUGUCCACCAUUGAUGUCAACGCAGUGUCACAUCCAGAGUUUUGGAAACCCCCUACCACCCCCCCACCGCCAAGCCCCCAACUCCUAACCAGCUCCAACUGUACUCACAACUGGGACUAAAACCGCUAAUGGAAAAGAUAUGGAGGGCAUCGCUUCGAGACACUCGUGAAUGGAUAUUUGUGUAUAUGGAGACACAGAGAGAGUAUAUUUUGUUAAAUAAACUGCACAGUCAGGCGCUGGUAAAGAUUCAGGGGGGGGGGGGGGGGGGGAGAUCUCCGCCCCGAUCCGUUUUGAGGCACAAAACUCCCAAAUCCGUUUUUUUCUUUUUCUUGAAAAAGUAAAAAUAAGAAGACACCACUUGUGGAAAAGAACACAACGAGGGCCACUUUUUUUCCCCUCCACCCUCUUUUUCAGCGGUCGAGAA